AAGUGGGAGGGGAAAAGUCGGAGGCGAGAAGUCGAAGAGGAAAGGGGACGGGAAGAGGGCGGAAAGUGAAGGGCCCAGCGAGCCUCUCUGUCCCCGCUCUCGCUCAGUUCUCGACUGCUCCGGGCCGGCGUGGUAUUGUGGGAUCGCGGCGCCCGGCCCGAGCCGCUCGCCUUCGCAGGGGCGUCCGCUCGAGAGCGCCUCCUGUCGCCCGUAAGGCUGCCCUGCCAUCCCUCGGCCCCCCAACUCCUCCCGCCCCCCCAACUCCUCCCGCCCCCCCAUCCCCUCCUCCUCCAUCCUCCAGUUCAAAAUGGCGACGGCGGCGGCGGCGGCGGCGGCGGCGGCAGCGGCGAUGGCUCCUCCGGGCUGCCCGGGUUCGUGCCCCAACUUCGCCGUAGUCUGCUCCUUCUUGGAACGCUACGGUCCGCUGCUGGACCUGCCCGAGCUGCCGUUCCCGGAGCUGGAGCGGGUGCUGCAGGCGCCGCCGCCGGACCUCGGCAACGGGGAAGUACCAAAAGAAUUGGUGGAGCUCCAUUUGAAGUUGAUGAGGAAGAUUGGCAAAUCUGUUACAGCAGACAGAUGGGAAAAAUACUUGAUCAAGAUAUGCCAAGAGUUUAACAGUACCUGGGCAUGGGAGAUGGAGAAGAAAGGCUAUCUUGAAAUGAGUGUUGAGUGCAAGCUAGCCCUCUUAAAGUAUCUCUGUGAGUGUCAGUUUGAUGACAAUCUUAAAUUCAAGAAUAUAAUUAAUGAGGAAGAUGCUGAUACUAUGCGUCUCCAGCCAAUUGGGCGAGACAAAGAUGGCCUCAUGUACUGGUACCAGUUGGAUCAAGACCACAACGUCAGAAUGUACAUAGAAGAACAAGAUGAUCAAGAUGGCUCUUCUUGGAAAUGCAUUGUCAGAAAUCGAAACGAAUUGGCUGAGACUCUUGCACUCCUGAAAGCACAAAUUGAUCCUGUACUAUUGAAACACUCUAGCCAACAGGAAGACUCUUCCCGGGAAAGCCCCACCCUAGAGGAUGAGGAGACUAAAAAAGAGGAAGAAACACCUAAACAAGAGAAAUCAAAGGAAAACGAAAAGACAAAAGUUGAUGACCAGUCAUUAGAUUCCGGAAAGCAUUGUGUGGCCAGUGUUCUAGAAGAAACAGCUGUGAAAAUUGAAAAAGAAGAUGAAAAGGAGCUCGUGAAACUGCCAGUCAUUGUAAAGCUAGAAAAACCUUUGUCAGAGACUGAGGAGAAAAAGAUUAUCAGAGAGGAAAGUGAUUCCUUCAAGGAAAAUGUCAAACCCAUUAAAGUAGAAGUAAAGGAGUGCAGAGUGGACUCAAAAGAUCUCAAAGGCAGCUUGGAGAGGACAGGCACACAGGAACCCGAGCGGGUAGAAUUUGGUGGCAACAUCAAAUCUUCUCAAGACAUCACAGAGAAAUCUACUGAGGAAACAGAGAAGCUUAAAAAUGACCAGCAAGCCAAAAUACCACUAAAAAAACGUGAAAUUAAGCUGAGUGAUGACUUUGACAGUCCAGUCAAAGGGCCUUUGUGUAAAUCAGCUACUCCAACAAAAGAGUUUUUAAAAGAUGAGGUAAAGCAAGAGGAAGAGACUUGUAAACGGGUCUCUGCCAUCAGUGCUUUGAGUCAUGAAGGGAAACAACUUGUAAAUGGAGAAAUUAGUGAUGACAAAGCAACUCCAAAUUUUAAGACAGAACAAAUGGAAACACAACUUUGUGAUACAAAGGAAGAUCACUCUAACAUCCCUUCUAAGGAAGGAAAUGCCAUUCUGGAGGGAAAUGGUGCAGAGUGCUUAAAUUCUGUCAUAAGCACAAAGACAAGUGAGUUUGAGAAAGAGGUCCCUCUAGGCAAGGCUCUAGAUAGCUCUGUGCCUGUCUUAGAGAGCCACAGUCAGAAAAGAGGGUUAGAGGAGCCUGGGCCUCCAAACUCGGAAAUGCAUCUUGAGCCUCCUGAGAAAGUAACAGAUCUCUCUUCGAAACCUCCUUUAUCUGCCAGUGAAUCCUGCAAUAUAAAAGUUGAAGAAAAGGCCCCAAAAAGUAAGACUGAGAACCACACACCAGGCAUUGAAUGCCUGGAAAAGGUGGAGAAGGCCAAGAAGACUUUGGUUGAUAAAGACAUACAAAGAUUGAGUCCAAUACCAGAAGAGGCUGUAAGGAGUGCUGUAGAAUCGGAAAAGCCAGAUUCUUCUGAAGUGCCCGAAACUCCCCUUCUACCUGAGAUGACUGAUCCCAAGGAGAAACUGACUUCAGAAAGAAAAGGUGUAGAAUGUCUAAGCAGAGGUUCAAGUGAAGGUCAGUCCCUUGAAAGUGCAAGCCCAGAAAUUCUAAAAGAGAAUUCUGAGUCCUUGAAGGUAGAAAUGGCGAAUCUGGACAGUGCCCAGGCCUCUGGCAUGGAGGAUACUUCUGAGACAAAGAGCUCUGUGCAAAAAAGCAAAUUUAAAUAUAAGUUAGUUGCUGAGGGAGACAGUGCUGCUUCAGAAAAUACAGAGAUCACUUCUGAAAGGCAGAAGGAAGGCAUCAAAUUGACAAUUAGGAUAUCUAGUCGGAAGAAGAAGCCAGAUUGUCCCCCACAAAUUGUUGACACUGAAAGCAAGGAAAAGAAGGUGGGGAAGGAAGAAGAGAAAACAAGCAUAGGCCGAACUUUAAGAAGGUCUCCGAGAAUAUCUAGGCCCACAGCAAAAGUAGCUGAGAUCAGAGACCAGAAAGCCGAUAAGAGAAGAGCAGAAGGAGAGGAUGGAGCGGAAGGAGAGGCUGCAGCUUUGCAGAAAGCAGAAAAGAAGGAACACCUGAAAAAAGCAGAAAAGGAUGCAAAUUCUAAAGUGAGCAAGGUAAAACCCAAAGGCAAAGUUCGAUGGACUGGCUCUCGGACACGUGGCAGGUGGAAAUACUCCAGCAAUGAUGAAACUGAAGGGUCUGAUAGUGACAAAUCCUCUGCGGCCUCAGAAGAGGAGGAAGCAAAGGAAAGUGAAGACGCAGUUCUUCCAGAUGAUGAUGAACCGUGCAAAAAGUGUGGCCUUCCGAACCAUCCAGAACUCAUUCUUCUGUGUGAUUCUUGUGACAGUGGAUACCACACUGCCUGCCUCCGCCCUCCUCUGAUGAUCAUCCCUGAUGGAGAAUGGUUCUGCCCUCCUUGCCAGCAUAAACUACUGUGUGAGAGAUUAGAAGAGCAGUUGCAGGAUUUGGAUGUCGCCUUGAAGAAGAAAGAGCGCGCAGAGCGAAGGAAAGAACGCUUGGUGUAUGUUGGUAUCAGUAUUGAAAACAUUAUUCCUCCGCAAGAGCCAGAUUUUUCUGAAGAUCAAGAAGAAAAGAAAAAAGAUGCAAAAAAAUCCAAAGCAAAUUUACUUGAAAGGAGAUCAACAAGAACAAGGAAAUGUAUAAGCUACAGAUUUGAUGAGUUCGAUGAAGCAAUUGAUGAAGCUAUAGAAGAUGAUAUUAAAGAGGCUGAUGGAGGAGGAGUCGGCCGAGGAAAAGAUAUCUCCACCAUCACGGGUCAUCGUGGGAAAGACAUCUCUACUAUUUUGGAUGAAGAAAGAAAGGAGAAUAAACGGCCCCAGAGGGCUGCUGCUGCUCGCAGGAAGAAACGCCGGCGACUUAAUGAUCUGGAUAGUGACAGCAACCUAGAUGAAGAAGAGAGUGAGGAUGAAUUCAAGAUCAGUGAUGGAUCUCAGGAUGAAUUUGUAGUGUCUGAUGAAAACCCAGAUGAAAGUGAAGAAGAUCCACCAUCCAAUGAGGACAGUGACACUGACUUCUGUAGCCGUCGGCUGAGACGGCAUCCUUCUCGGCCAAUGAGGCAAAGCAGGCGUUUGCGGAGAAAGAUGCCAAAGAAAAAGUACUCUGAUGAUGAUGAAGAGGAAGAAGAGUCUGAGGAGAAUAGUAGAGACUCUGAAAGUGACUUUAGCGAUGAUUUUAGUGAUGAUUUUGUAGAAACCCGGCGAAGGCGAUCAAGAAGGAAUCAGAAAAGACAAAUCAACUACAAAGAAGAUUCAGAAAGUGAUGGUUCCCAAAAAAGUUUACGGCGUGGUAAAGAAAUCAGGCGAGUUCACAAGCGUAGGCUUUCGAGCUCAGAGAGUGAAGAGAGCUAUAUGUCCAAGAACUCUGAAGGUGACGACCUAACGAAAGAACCUAAGCGCUCUGUUCGGAAACGGGGCCGAAGCACAGAUGAAUAUUCAGAAGCAGAUGAAGACGAUGAAGAGGAAGGCAAACCAUCCCGCAAGCGGCUACACCGGAUUGAGACAGAUGAGGAGAGCUGUGACAGUGCUCGUGGAGAUCCAGACCAGCCUGCCCGGGACAGAGUCCUGCCCUCAGAGCAGGAGAGCAGCAAGAAGCCCUACCGGAUAGAGAGUGAUGAGGAAGAGGACUUUGAAAACGUGGGCAAAGUGGGGAGCCCAUUGGACUACAGCCUAGUAGACUUACCUUCCACCAAUGGACAGAGUCCUGGCAAAGCCAUUGAGAACUUGAUGGGCAAGCCAACUGAGAAGUCCCAGACCCCCAAGGACAAUGGCACAGCCAGUGCAAGUCUAGCACCCAAUGGGACAAGUGGUGGACAGGAGGCGGGGGCGCCAGAAGAGGAGGAAGAUGAGCUUCUGCGAGUGACUGACCUUGUUGAUUAUGUCUGUAACAGUGAACAGUUAUAAGACUGCUUUCCAUUUUUGUGCUAAUUUAUUCCACGGUAGCUCUCACACCAGCGGGCCAGUUAGUAAACGCUGUUUAAUUUCAAAAAAAAAAAAAAAAACUCCACUACAGAACGACUUUUUAGAAGAAAAAUUUCAACAAAUCUUGAAGUCUUUCUGUGAAGUGACCAGUUUUGAACUUUGAAGAUUAAUAAUUGCUGUAAAUUCCUUUUGAUUUUCUUUUUUUCCAAGUUCAUGGUCCUUGGUAAUUUCAUUCAUGGGAAAAAAAUCUUAUUAUAAUAACAACAAAGAUUUGUAUAUUUUUGACUUUAUAUUUCCUGAGCUCUCCUGACUUUGUGAAAAGGGUGGAUACGAAUGCAUUCCAAAUCUGUGAGGGCCCAAAACAGAAUUUAGGGUGGGAGAAAGCACUUGUGCUUUAGCUUUUCAUAUUAAAUAUAUAUUAUAUUUAAACAUUCAUGCCAUAGAUGAUGAUUAACAAACUGUUUAAAAGUUCGAGUCUGUACUGUUGCAGUUUGAGUAUUGUAGACAACAUCGUACAUACGUCACUUAGUAAUAGCCUUCGUGAAAUCAACUUGUUUACUAUUGGAGUUAAACACUUUAAAUAAAGAAGAGACCAUGGAAGCUCCAUCAUAAAACACUUUAACCUAAGUUUCUGUUAUAGCAGAGUUUCUUGUUUAAGAAAAAAAUCAUCUGAAAAGCAUUUGUAUAGUACAAUGUAUAAUGAAGCUUUGACAACCAGAUUGUGCUAACAGAAAGUCAUUUAAAUAGCUUUUAUGCUGUUGUAAUAAGGUGGCGGCCUCUACUACACUGGGCCAGUUGGGGAUUUGGUGAAGUGAGUGAUCUCUCCUAAAAUUCAGGUACACUAUAUUUGCCAGUAGUGUUAACUCUUGAGGCCACGUGGUGUUAACCAUCUGAGAUGUCAUUUUGAAUAUAAUACAUCUAAGCAUAACAUACAUAGUGAUGCUAAGCCAACAAUGGUUUUUAGUACAUUGAAGACUGAGAAGGAUUUUUCAGGUGAAUUUUUAACUGGUCUAUUCUUGCCCUUAGUAUCUACUUCAAAUUGAAGUCUACAAACAAAGCAGUUCCUUUGGGAGAUUUUUAGUUUUAAAUUUUAAGCAUGUAUGUAGUAUGUGAUUGUGGUGUGUGUGUGUGUGUGUGUGUGUGUGUGUGUGUGUAUGUAUGUGUGUGUGUUGGAAUUUUCUAUCUGCCUGAAUACAUUAGCAGGGUUUGAAUGUAGUUCUGGCCUUUGGCCAUUAUAUACUUCUAUUAAAAUCCAUUAAUAGUCACACAACCAACAGAAUUGAAUGAGAACCGCUGAUAUACUUAAUAAACAUAACUUCCAUUUUAAACAUCUCAACACUUUAAGGAUAAGCCCUUUGCUUCAAGAAUAGGCGGUUUUUAAAUUAAAUAAUGUAACAUAGCUGACACUAAAAUAUGAACUUACAUCUUAGUUUCUGUUACAGUUGUGAAGUUUCAGGCAUAGCUCUAACCUUGUAUAGCUGUAGCGUUUGUGAUUCACCUUGCCUGGCACAUCCUGAAGCCUUCACGUUGCUUCAGUGUGUGCUUUUGCCCUGGGAUUCAGGUUUUCUGUUCCAGUGUUGUCUGUUGCCGGCAAUAUUGCUGCUGGCUCAAGAAAUUUCAUUUUUCUUUUCUGAUUAAGCAUUAUAUGUAGUAGUCGGUGUACAGUAAACCACUUUUUUAUUAUUAAAAGCUGGCAUUAGACUUGUGUCUUAAAGACCUCUCUGGAAACUUUAUGCUCCUACUUUCUGUUCCUCAACAGAUAGUGCCCUUACAUCUUAUCUCCUGGCCUUUAAAAUUUAGUGCUGAUUUUUUUUUUUUUUUUUUUUUUUUUUUUUUAGUUAACUGAAUUUUGGUUUCACUUUAGUUCCAUAGAACUUGAGUGUUAAUGUUUGCUUUGAUUGUAGUGGUGAACUUGCAUAUGUGUAAUAAUAAAACAAUGAAAGUAGUCUACAAAUGAGGAUGCAGCAGCCACUGACAGAGCCAGCUGUGGAACAGUAUUGUGCUUGAAGGACAGGGCAGGCUUACAUUCACGGGCAGUAAAGGACUAAAAAGGAGCCACGUUCACUUGCAAAGCUUACUUUCUAGCUGUUGUUUUACUUGAAAAUCAGCUAAGAAUAAACUUUUGAACUGUUGGAAACAGGCAGGCAGAAGGGUUCGUACUUGUGUGUGGUAAGUGAUUCCUGCUACCAGGCUCAGAAGGUUUCAGUCCUGCUGCCAGGUGAAGCCACUGUGGUGUAAGAAAUCUCCCAUGUGCCUGUCUACCUCUGCACACACCAGCUCUUGCAUCCACCUAUCAGCUCUAGUCAUCGAUUAAACAGAUGAUUAGAGGUAGGAAAUGGGUAGCUAACUCAACAGCAUGCGGAAUGUGAAGUGACUUAUCCUGCUACGGAAAACCCACAGUAAUCUUUACAGUAAGACUGAGUAUUUCACUUAGCAAUUGUCCCACUGACAUGGGUUUCUAAACCACUUGUGCUACCUGAUCCUUACUAAACUUGAGUGUCAACUUGAUACUGAGUGUCUCCCUUCUAACCUUACAUUCUCAUUACACCAACUGGCUAUCAAGAGUAAUCCAGGCAGCUAAUACACACCAGUUCUUAGUAACCCAGCCAGUUCUGUUGCUCGGCUUUGUUGUUUCUGUUCAGGCUGGAGAUCAAGUCCAGGGCCUCAUGCAUGCUGGCUAAGUGUUCUAACACUGAGCUAGAACUCCUGCCCUGCUUAAAGUUUAGAUUCAGUCCCUCAAAGUUUGUUAUUUCUCAGAAAUACUCACGUGGAAGAUGUUCCCAAAGAGGUUUCUGUUGCUGCUGUCAAAUAAAUGUUCUGUAUCAAAAAUUCUGAUGCAACCAUUAAGAACUGGAGAAUGGAAAGAAAAACAGUCAUGUAGAGGGUAGACUAUCUUCAGUCCUUGAUAGGUUCAGAUUUACAGUAAGUCUGUAGAAUAUCUCCCUUUCAUAACUUUAGUGAUCCCCUCCUACCUUUUGAACUGCAAGUGUUGAGCUUGUAUCAAAGGGCUCCCAGUAGCAGACUCUUAGUCUACAGCAUAUGCGUUAAGAGAAAACAUAGUAUUCAAACUGUUUAGUUUGCCAUUUUAGUAAAGUUUGAAAACUAGCCAGAUUUUUACAGUUCAAGACCUUAGAAUCGAAAUAGCGUAUGAAAAGGACUCAUUAACAACACAUUAAGGUUUCCUUGGCAACUUUUUCCAGUGGUCAAAGUUGUAGAUUCAGAAGACAAAAAGUUUCAUUAAGAAUGAAUUCAUAUUUACUGGUAACUUAUUUUUUAAAAAGUGAUCUGCCAAAGAACUUCAGAUACUGUUAGGGGGAAGUAGAUUUUUUUUUUUUAAUGUUGUUAUCCACUUUUUACUGUGUAGUUGAUAGAGCCUAUCCUAUAUAACAGACACUUAAGUAAAAUACAUGUACUAGGGAAACAUAGACACUUGUUUAAUCAGUUAAAAUGAUGGAGAAUGUGUUAGUUUUUAAGGGGGAUGGGUGGCGUUCCCUCUGACGAGGAAUGCCUGUUUGGCCUCCUUGGUAGGCAUGAAGUGCUAGCCAUUCCCUGAUUGUUCUGCCAGAAGAAUAAAGCACCUAAGGGGUCUCCAACACUCAGUGUUCUUACUCCACUGCAGCUGCCACAGCAAAGCAGGUCUCUAGUUCAGGGUGGCGGCUCAGCUUUAGAACAAGUGUUCGGUGGUUUUUCUUAAGAGGAAAUGUGUAUAUGCGCACGUUGUGGAUAACUACUAGAAUACUGAAUCAUCAUGAACUUACUAAAUAUAUGGCAAAUAGUUACGACAAAAUAAUGAGUAUACUUUCAACUAUAGAAAGUUUAAAGAGAAAAUUAGUUUUUCUUGAGGGUUUGACAUUCUCAAAAUAGAUUUCUGGUUCUCUUAGGAAGCAGAGAAUGCCAAGACCACAUGUAUGCUGUAAUCAACAUAGUCCUUAUCUGUUUUAAUAUGAUCAAUUAUUGAACUCCCAAUAAAACUCAUUCCUAUUUUAUCCACCAUUCCCACUGUAAACCUUGGAAAUGGCAAGCAACCUAGCUUCUGGUUUAUUUCCUUACUGCUUUUAUCCUAAUCCUGAAAGGAUUGCUAUUCAGUUUUUAAACUGAAUUAUUGUGUUAUGCUUCCACUUAAUUUUGAACAUCUUUCACUCCACCCUAAAUUAUUUAACAUUUUUUGAGUGCCAAGGUUUACCAGAUAACUUGCUGCAUAACACUGAGGACAAGUCAUUCCCAUGUGAACAGUCAUACACCAAAAUAAGGUAGACUUGGUAUUGAACUGCUUUAGAUUGUAUACUCAACAGUCAUUCAGACAAACCCUCUCAAAAGUUGGUUAGAACAGAGUUCCCUUGAAGUUUUUCACUCCUUUUGGUUAUAGAUACAACUCCCUGCCCACUUCACAUGCAUAACACUUUGCUCCAGGAGAUGCUGUCCUGGCACACACUAGUAGGGUUUUUACCUUAAUGUUGUAGGUCUGUCUGUCCUGUACACACGGUGUGUGAUAGAACAGAAAUUACCAGAUGAGUAAGGCUUUACUAAGCUCUAAGCAAACACUUUGAAUGAGAACAAAAAAAUUAAGGAACUGUAUUUGUGGGUUUUCUCUCUCUCUCUCUUUCUUUUUUUUCCAAACUGGUACAAGCUAGAAAAUGUGCGAAGGACUGAAUAACCUGCCUUGUUCUUUUUGCCACUGGAUUAUGUAAGUUAAGAAUGAGCUUGUUUAACUAUAUAUAUAUUUUUUUUACUCUCAUCAGUUUCAGAAGGAGUCUCAGUUAAGUGGGGUUUGUUUGGUCUGUAUUUAUUGCAUCCUGGCCAUGGGCCAGGAGCCUGCAUGUUAUGUUUAUGGACAGCCAGAACACAGUCUUGUGGAACUUAAUGGCUCAAGAUCUUUUAAAUCAUUUAACUUAUUUUGUACGUUGCAAAAAAGAAAAAAAAAGUUUAUUUUGCUUGAGAAUCACAUUUUUUUAUAACUGUACAGCUUUUAAGGGAUGGGAGGUCGGGAAAUACCCUAAAAUAGGAUGUAGAUUUUUACAGUUGUGUUUAUGCUAGAACAUCUAUGGGAGCAUUAUGUAAUUAAACCUCAAGUUGUUUAAAACCUUGUGCCAUGGUCUUUUUCGUUCUGUUGCCCUCUAGUAGAGCUGGUGCAUGUCAGUACUGCGCUGCUGUUGCUACAAGCCUUGAGAUUACAUGAAAACAUGUUCCAAAGCUUUCAUAUCAUUGCAUGAGCACACCUCCCCACCCCCCGUGCCCACAUACACAGGAGGGAGAGAGGGAGAGAAAUACAGUUCCUGUUAGUAUAAAUGGGUCUUCAGGAUCAGUAUAACUGUAACAUCCAGAACCUGGCAAUCUGUGGCCUAUUCUUUCAGUGCAUGACUUUGUGGUGCCUGUCUAGGGUGUCGUUGAUGUUGGUGUGUUUUGUUCUCUUAUCAAAGUAGCUUCUUGAUCAUAGUGUCUGGAUAGUACCCUGCCCAAAACUCUCAUUCAAUUUCAUGUGCACUUUAAGAAGGGAUGUCCUAUGUUGAGACGGAGGUGGGAAUGGGGCAGGGCUAGUUUCUCAUGUAUAAGAGAAGGGAAAACUAGAAUUGUUUGAUUAUACCCUAUAUUUUCCUAAUGCCACACAAAUAAUCUGCUGAAACUUGGCAGGAAGGGAAAUGACAUUCAAUUUUCAAUCCCUCCUUCUUUGGUAAAUAAUUUUCUAAUCUCUCAAACUGCUGCUGCUGGCAGUCUCCCACAGCACAUUUUUACCAUGCCGUAACCACACCUUUUUAAAUGCCAGUUUUUUGUUUUGUUUUUUGUAAUUUUUUUGUUUGUUUUUCAAGACAGAGUUUUCCUGUGUAGCCUUGGCUGUUCUGGACUCGCUUUGUAGACCAGGCUGGCCUCGAACUCACAGCAGUCUGCCUGCCUCUGCCUCCCCAAGUGCUGGGAUUAUAGGUGUGUGCCACUGAGUCCAGUAGAUAUCUAGUAAUUUUAUCAUUCUGAUUGACUACCUGGAUAGCAUAACUGUAUUCUUAUAAGGGAUUAAGUUCAUCUAAAUGUGUCAUAAUUUCUAAGUAACCUUCAUCUGUGGGCAACUAUUUGGGAAAUAAUUUUCUUUGCUAUCUUCACCCAUUUAAAAGCGUAGGCACCACGAGUUUCAAUGUGAAGAGUAUAAAUUCCAGAUAAGCAUUUGUAAAUUGUCUUAUUUCCAGGAAGCAUCUGGUCAGAACAUGUCUUAGAUUUUCAGAUUGCUUAUUUGAAACACUUUAUUUUCCCUAUGCAUAAAAGAAAAAUAUUGCUGGAGUAGUUCUCAAAAUACUGUUUUAUAUGCGAGCUUACGCAGAAGCUCCAAGACUAGCAUCGCACUAACUCUUGAGGUAAUCAUGUUGCUGGGUGAAGAGAAGUUUUAGUGCAUUCUCACAUGAUAAUAAUGUAGCACUGCACAAGGAGGUGCAAAAAGAUCCGGAAACAUGAUUCCGAUAACACAGGUCAAGUUUAUGUAUGAACAGUAUGCCUGAGAACUUAAAGCUUCAGAAGUAUGAGAACUGCAGUGCAUAGUUGUUUAAAUAUAAUAUUCCUGUGACAACCAAAAUAUGUUGUGGCUGGUGCCAAUAUUUUCAUUAAUGAAAUGUUGAUUGUCUCAUUACAGUCUGAUCAAAAUUCUCAAUGUGAUAAGCCAGGCCUAAGCCAUUUUUAUAGCUAUUGGCCUAACUAUGUAACUUUUUUCCCAAAUGUUUUAUUAUAAUACUUGUCAUUUCUUUCACUUAAUAUAUGUCAAUUGUCAUAAUAAAAAGUUUAAAUAAGUCAA